AUGAGGAGCUUCCAAUCCAAGACAUGCUCGAAGUACACGACGAAGGAGCUGCCACGAGAAGCGGCUGCGCGGGCAAGACAGGAGCAGAGAGACGCACAAGCAAAGGCCGCAUCAGGCUCGACCGCUCCUUCAAAACAAACGAAGCGUAAUAAAAGUGAAAAGGGCUUGAAUCUGGCAACGUACAAGUGGCAUAGUCUUGGUGACUAUGUGAAUUUCAUCCGCCUGUUUGGGCCUACGGAUAACUAUUCGACACAAGUGGGAGAGAGUCUGCAUCGCGUUGUGAAGCGUCUCUAUGGUAUGACCAACAAGCGGAAUCAUGCAGGUCAAAUUGGGGUCCGUGUUACUCGAAUGGCUCGUGCUCGUGUUUCACAACGCAUUCGCGAGGCAAAGAAAAUGCGCCAUUUCCACCUCGUAGGGUUUGAUCAACCUGAUCCCUUCACUAUGACCGAUAACCAUGCCCAUCACGCAACGAGUCGAGUUCAAAGAUAUCCCUUGUACAUCAAUAGGUUCAGUUACGCAAUCACUGGAGAUCCAGCGCUCAAGAACUUUGUGCCCAAGCUUCAAGACCAUCUCCUUGGCCGUCUGCUGGAGCGCGAGUUCGAUGGCGACACUCACGAGUCCUUCAAGGCAAUAGACCGGCAAAGCGUUCAAAUCAUCGGCAAUCGCUUAUAUACCACCAAGACACUUCGAGUCAACUACACUACAUACGAUGUGCGUCGGGAGCAAGACAUCAUCAACCCACGAAUGUCAGCAUUCAUAAUGGUGCGCUCACCAGAAACGCAGUCCGACGCACAUCCAUACUGGUAUGCGCAAGUGCUUGGCGUCUUCCAUACGUCCGCUUGUAUCUCCUCUUCAAGUUUGGUCUCCGCCACAAGAACGUACGACUUCUUAUGGGUGCGAUGGCUUGGAAUAGAGCCCGGGCGUCGAGCUGGUUUCAAGAAUGCACGCCUGCCUAAGGUUGGCUUCGUAGAAGAGUCGGAUUCGCUCGCAUUUGGCUUUUUAGACCCAGCUUACGUUGUUCGCGGCUGCCAUCUAAUACCAGAUCUCAGUGGCGGCCGGACAAACUCUCUUCUUAGCACAACGAAGAAGACAGCAGCGAGAUCUGUGGAUGAGACAAGCGAUUGGGCCUCAUUCUAUGUGAACAUAUUCCUCGAUCGCGAUAUGGUCAUGCGAUACUUCGGAGGGGGAAUUGGGCAUCUGUCUGUUCAACCGGAGACAGAAGAGGAGGAUGCAGAUGAUCCAGAUGAAGAUGAAGAUCAGGAGGAUGAGGAAGACACGCCAGAGAAGGACAAUAAGGAGGAAGACAAGCCUGAGGAGGAUGAAGACGACUCGGAGGAGGAGGAAGACGACUCGGAGGAGGACGAAGAGGACGAUGAAGAGGAGGUAGAGGAGGACGAUUUUGGUGCAGACGACGGCGAAGAUGAUCAUGAAGACACAGGUUAUGCAGACCUCUAG